AUAAUCACCACACUGCCAUCCGUCGUCUUGGCGGAAGUGCUGCCUGGAAAAAACAACACAUAGCUAGCGCAGCUGUUAGCAAAAGCUAAAGAAAUGUGUUAGCAACUAUUGAUAUUAAAGUAGGGUUGGAUUUGACCGCAGCAUACCACAUAGUAUCUAUUCACCCCCAUGGCUAUGGGAGAGGCAAUGGGAAGAGUUUUGGUUACACACAGAGUGGCUUGUCCACCAAGAUCAUCAGCAGGCACUGGAGCACAGAUAACACCUCCAAACUGAUUAACCAUGAUCCCCAUCACUGAGCUUCGGUACUUUGUGGACACACAGCCGGCAUACCGCAUCCUUAAACCAUGGUGGGAUGUGUUCACAGACUACAUCUCCAUUGUUAUGCUAAUGAUUUCAGUGUUUGGGGGGACACUGCAGGUCACCCAGGACAAGAUGAUCUGCCUGCCCUGCAAAUGGGUGGUCAAUGAGACCUGCAAAAAGAACUUCAAUGCUACCCUCUCCGAAUCAUUGUUCACGGAACCCAAAGGAAUCCAGUAUGAUCUUGAUCGCCACCAGUACAACUAUGUGGAUGCUGUGUGCUAUGAGAAUAGACUGCACUGGUUUGCCAAGUAUUUCCCUUACCUAGUAUUACUCCACACUCUUAUUUUCCUAGCUUGCAGCAACUUUUGGUUUAAGUUUCCACGGACAAGUUCCAAACUAGAGCACUUUGUAUCCAUCUUGCUGAAAUGCUUUGACUCUCCAUGGACGACGAGGGCACUGUCGGAGACAGUGGUUGAAGAGAGUGACCCAAAACCAAUGAAAAUGAACGGCUCAAUGGACCACAAGGAGUCCGUUAUCAGUGAGGAUGUCGAAGCAAGUGUUCCUAUGCUCCAAAGGACAAAAACACGCUUUGAGCAGGGCAUUGUAGAUAGAACAGAAACUGGGGUUUUGGACAAGAAAGAGGGUGAACAAGCAAAAGCCUUGUUCGAAAAAGUCAAGAAGUUCCGAAUACACGUUGAGGAAGGAGACAUCGUGUACAGACUGUACAUCCGUCAGACUAUCAUCAAAGUCAUCAAGUUUAUAUUUAUAAUCUGCUAUACAGGGUAUUAUGUGCACGACAUUAAGUUCAGUGUUGACUGUUCAGUAAAUAUAGAGAGCCUGACCGGUUACAGUGUGUACCGUUGUGCCCACCCGCUGGCUACACUUUUUAAAAUCCUAGCCUGUUUCUACAUUAGCUUAGUAAUGGUGUAUGGUUUGAUCUGCAUGUACACGCUUUGCUGGAUGCUUCGGCGUUCUCUCAAGAAGUAUUCCUUUGAGUCGAUACGGGAAGAGAGCAGCUACAGUGACAUACCAGAUGUUAAGAAUGACUUUGCAUUCAUGAUGCACAUGAUCGAUCAGUACGACCCUCUGUAUUCUAAACGAUUCGCUGUCUUCCUCUCGGAAGUCAGCGAGAAUAAGUUGAGGCAACUUAACCUCAACAAUGAGUGGACACUAGACAAGCUCCGGCAGAGGAUUACCAAGAACUCUCAGGAGAAGUUGGAGUUGCACCUUUUCAUGCUAAGUGGCAUCCCGGACACAGUUUUUGACCUGAUGGAGCUGGAGGUUCUUAAACUGGAGCUCAUCCCCGAUGUCACCAUCCCGCCGAUCAUCGCACAGCUGAUCAACCUGCGAGAGAUGUGGCUGUACCACACACCGGCCAAAAUCGAAGCUCCUGCUUUGGCGUUUUUGCGAGAGAACUUGAAGUCCCUGCACAUCAAGUUCACUGACAUCAAAGAGAUUCCUUUAUGGAUCUACAGUCUGAAGAAUCUCAGCGAGCUUCACCUGACAGGGAAUCUGAGCGCCGAGAACAACCGUUACAUUGUCAUUGAUGGGCUUCGGGAGCUCAAGAGGCUCAAAGUUCUCCGUCUAAAGAGCAAUCUCACCAAGCUACCUCAGGUGGUGACCGAUGUGGGCAUGCACCUCCAGAAGCUUUCCGUCAAUAAUGAAGGCACCAAGCUGAUGGUGCUCAACAGCUUGAAGAAGAUGGUUAACCUGACAGAGCUGGAGCUCAUUCGCUGUGAUCUAGAACGCAUACCACACUCAAUCUUCAGCUUGCACAACUUGCAGGAGAUCGAUUUGAAGGACAACAACCUUAAGACCAUCGAGGAGAUCAUCAGCUUCCAGCACCUUCAUCGGCUAGUCUGCCUUAAGCUCUGGUACAACCAGAUUGCCUAUAUCCCCAUCCAGAUUGGCACACUGACCAACCUUGAGAAACUUUACCUGAACAGAAACAAGAUCGAGAAGAUGCCCAGCCAGUUGUUUUAUUGCCGCAAGCUGCGCUUCUUGGACCUGAGUCAUAACAACCUGACCUAUAUCCCGGCAGACAUUGGCUUCCUCCAGAAUCUCCAGUACCUGGCAGUGACCGCUAACAGGAUCGAGAGCCUGCCUAAUGAGCUGUUCCAGUGCAAAAAGCUUCGCACUUUGAACUUGGGAAACAACUGCCUGCAGUCUUUGCCAUCGCGGUUUGGAGAGCUGACCGGGCUGACACAGCUCGAACUGAGAGGAAACCGUCUGGAGUGUCUGCCCGUGGAGCUGGCCGAGUGCCGACAGCUAAAGAGAACCGGCCUCGUGGUGGAGGAGGACCUCUUCAACACCCUGCCCACGGAGGUCAAGGAACAGUUAUGGAAAAGUGACAAAGAACAGGCUUGAACUGUGGCUGUGAGAUAAAAUGGAUACUGUCCGAGUGGGACCUGACACAGGCUGUAACGCCUAUACUGUCCCAGAAGGCUUGUUGCAGCAGACAAGAGUACUGCUGCAGUGUACUGCCAGUAAGGUUGGGUAUCAAGAACCAGUGACAAGUAAGCAUAAUCAAAAUAUUGAUGGAUUCAGGUUGUUAUCUUAAUUCAUGACUGUGCAGUUGAGUUUCCUUCCUUUACAAACAACCCCUCAGGCCUCCACAAUACAACCCAGUGAUGAUGCUUUCCAGCAGUAAUGUAGCAGUGGCAUUAUGAACAGCAAGAUUAGUGGACACGUUAUGCAUUUCAGGUAUGGUGGAUAAUUUAAGUAUGAAAACCUAAAGGCAGUUCACAGUGUCUAUAAUAUCAGACUUUGUUUAAUCAAGAUAGAAUACACAAAUUGUCCAUUUCCCAAUUAACUUGCUAGAAGGGUGUGGCAUGGACCAAAAGGAACAUUUAGUUUUAUUUUUCACUUUUUUGAUAUUUUCCAGAUGGGAAAAUAAACCCUUUGCCGCGGUCUGCGCUCUCCGGUUAUCAAUUUAGUUCAUCUUGAAAUCAUGACAAGCUGGAAGCUUUUUUAUUCUAACAAUUAAAUGUUUCACUUAUAAUAUCUUACAAGUCUUUCGAUCAAAGCAACACAUUUGAUAUAUUGUUGCUAAUUGUUGAAAUAAUGAAAGUUUAGUGAUUCAGGGGUGCAUUUCUUAAUGUGGAAGGAUCACUCAGUCAACAGUCUCUUAUGUUGUUGAGACUGAAGAUUUGCCUUUGAUUGGCCUGAGUCUUGGUAGCAGCACAACAUGUGGUAUUAAACUACACUAAACACUAAAAAGUGCAAUCGUACAUGGAGCCAGUUUACGUGCGGGGGGGGGGGGGUUGAAGAUGGCCACUUUUUGCAGAAAGUUGUGUAACGUGUUUGACCUAGCACUAACACAAUUAGUUAUUCUACUUAAUGCAGACUAAUUGACUAGCAUUACAAGAUAGCCCUCCCAUAAAAGGACAUUUGUGGAGCCUCUCAUCGACGAGCAGAUACCCAACCCUAUCUGCCAGUAUACUGCUCAGUGGGAACAACAUCUAUUUCAUGGUUAUGCUGCAUCCACAUUGUAAGUAAUUGCACAGAACAAACCGAACCAAUCUUAGGAACAUGCUGAAGAUGUUUUGAAUGAGAUGAGUUAUGUCUGCAUCAAAUCAUUUGAAUGAGGUUUAUACAGGAUGACACUAUAUUGACAUUGAAAAGAGCCACCAAGUAUAAGUGAUGUGCUUAAAACAGAAGCAGAUGCUUACCUGAAACACUAGACUAGUUUAUUUCUCUUUCUGUGGUGGCUAUGACGCACAUAUCCACUGGCAUGCCCUGAUAGUUGAGAUUUAUGCAGAUAGCAAGUUCAUUUCCAAACAUCUCCUAAAAUCUCUGUUAUGAACACCUGGCCUUCAUUUUAUUUUUAUUUGUUAUAACAGUGUAAGUGUGUAGUUAUUCUUUUAAUUAAAUGUCACUGAAUUGCAUUGUUCAAAACAUAUUGCAAUAUUCAGUGUAGAUGUUUCCCCUGCAGUUACAUUACAUAUUUAAUCUAAAGCUAUUGAAACUGCUAUAUUGGAUGAAAAUAUAAUAACCAGUUAUUUGUGUGAAAGAACAAUGCAAUAAGGUCCAAAGGUCAUUUCUGAAACUUCAUUUCUGUGUUACAUUUGAGCUUCUACCUCAAAAAGCUUAACACUUUUAAGAAACAAGAUACAUUCCACCAGAUGUAAAGAUAAAUUAUAGUUUCUACAAAUUCAUCCUACAUAUUGGCAAGAAAUAUGAAAUGGCAGUUACCCUUUCACAUGAUCUUUUUUUUUUUUCAUCACUUUCUUUUCCUUUCCUCUCUGUGACCAUACUUGACUCCAGGAAUCAAGUUGGGCAGAUAAAAGAUACAUAUGUUGUCUCAAUGUUUUAGUGACACGUUAUAAGAAAUUAAGUUUGAUUUAGAUUUGAAUAUUUAUGCCAGGCAUUUGUAUUGUGUAUCAUAUGGAAACCCAUCUUCACCAGGUAGAAGUAAUAUCCUAUUUUGUUUAAUGUUCAUCAAUGGGUUGUUUAAAAUUGAACUCAAAGGAAGUCCUGGGUUGCCACCAUCUAGAAAGUAAAAUCAUAUUAUUUUCUCAUUGAUUGGACAUAACUUGGUGACGUCAUCUGUUGAUUUAUAUUAUUCAUAGUUUUGGGAAAUGUUUUUCAUUAUUAUUGUAUGUUUUGUGCUGUCAUGCAUGGGCCUCCAUACUUUUCAGCACUGAUCUAAUUGUUUUUCAAAUGUUCUGGUUUCAAAGUUUGUGGACUUUUUGAGAAAUGUUUCAUUUUUGUUUGCCUGAUAAUGACUUUUCUGCAAUUGUGUUUUGCCACCGUAAGCAGCACCUUGCUAACAAUGCUAAAAACAAGAUCAAUGCACAGCUCUGACGCAGCAAAGCACACAAUACGGGCUCUUAUGUAUACCCGAGAACAAAAUAUGAAAUCAGUUUAUGUUUUAAUAAACCUAACUGCAAAGAAAACCUGGAGAGUAGCAAUAUACAGUGACAUAACUGCAUUGAAAAGCAUAGGAAUACUUUAAACUAUGUACAUUUAUUUAAUUAACAUGUUUCACUAUGCGAUAUUGUGCAAUAUUGCCUUCAUUUAAACUAUGUAAUAGUAAGUGAUGUAGAAUGUGCAUUCUUUUGUCCUGCUUUUGCACUAUAGCAUCUCUCCCACAUGUUAACGCAAAUGCAAAUGAUGGUAUACAACACAUGUUUUCUGAUUAUUCUAUAUGGAAAGGUUUGACUAAAUAACUGCCAGGCAUAAGAUUGAAAUUAUAUUAGAUAGGUAUGUCACAUUUUAUUUGAAAGUAUUUCCCUUUACGUCACAGCUGGAGCAUUUUAAAUAGCACACUCAGCAAUACACCACAGACUAAGACAAUCAACUACUCUAUGUUAAGUGUGUCAGUGAACACUGCAAGUAAAGGGUCAGUACAUUAAAAGGACUUUGUGUAGGUUGCUAGGGACAUUUUAUAGAUUAGCUUUUGAUCUCAUUGUUAAUAUUUUGUUCGGUCUUUCCCUCCUUUUUUAUGAUUUUGACUAAUGUUUUUAUUUUUAUUUUGACAGCUAUUAGUAUUAUACAAUAUAACUAAAUUUCUCAGGAAGCCAGCUAGUACUCACUUCUGUUUUGAGUUAAUUGCCUAUUUUUGAUUACACCUGGUCUUUUUUAUUAAUUUAAACAAUUGUUUUAUACAGUUACAGUUUUAUAUGCAUUUCUAUACAUUCUUUUUCUAGUUUGGUGUGUUUAAUAUUGACUGCUGGCUCAAACUAAAUGUUUGUGUUUUUCAAGACACUUGGUUUAACGUUGAUUCUGUGUUUUCCUCAAUGACCAUUUACAAAGUGAGCUGUAGUGUUUCAGAACGAUGGUCAGCAUGGAUGAAGUGUGUAUGAUAGUGUUAUCCAUGUGUAUGUAUGUAUGUUGGCGUGAUGAGACCCUCACUCCACGAUGUUCAUCUCUUAAAUGCAAUGUUCUUGGGUACAAAUUCUUUUUUUCAAUGUUUCCCAACUCUAAUCUUUAUUUGUCCUUAAUAAGAAAUGUCAUCAGUGUAUCGGUAUUGACAAGAAUGAUGUUACAGUGAGUGUUCUGUUUGAGCAUGUGUCCCAUCAUCUCCUACACCGCAUCCCCUCCAGAUAAAACUAAAUAAACUUGGUUGACCUAA